UAGCUGGACAGGCCCCCGGUCAACAAGUGGUUACGAUGACCCGGGAGGAGAUGCAGAGGAUAGCAGCGGCCGCGGCGGCUCAGGCGGUGCAGCAGGUCGCAAGCCACACAUCGCACGCCACCACUGCGCCGGCAACAGCAACGGGAAACCAAGAUGAGGAUGUGUCCAGCUAUGGAGAAGGAGGAGUGGCGAGAGAUCGUGCGAUGGAGAGGAUGGCGGAGCAGUUGCGCCAGUUGCAAGACAAAGUUGAAGGAAGGCCAGAGGGGAGGGCUCGAGGGCAUCCUUUUGCUAGAGAGAUCCUCGCCACUCCUUUGCCGGCCAAUUUCAAGGAGACCAACUUGGUGUAUGACGGGUCAUCGGACCCGUCGAGGCAUGUGAGGACUUUUGAGAAUAUGGCUGUGUUGCAUGGGUACUCUGAUUCUGAAAUUCAGAUGAUCGAGGGAUGCGAAGGUAGAAAGUUUAGAAUCGGGAAGGAUCUGGAGGAGCCCAUUCGGUCGAGGCUGAUCGAUUUGGUAAGGGAGUUCGCUGAUAUUUUUGCCUAUACAGCAGAGGAGUUAACGGGAAUAAGUGCGGAGGUGAUCGAACAUCGUCUAAAUAUCGACCUCAGCGUGAGGCCGGUGAAGCAGAAAAGGAGGCACCAUGGGGCAGAGAUGGACAAGAUUAUCGAGCAGGAGGUCGAGAAACUAUUGGGAGCGGGGCAUAUUAAGGAGAUUAAGUUCCCUGAGUGGCUAUCGAACACGGUGAUGGUGUCGAAGUCAGAAGGAAAAUGGAGGAUGUGCAUUGAUUUUCGUGACCUGAACAAGGCGUGCCCGAAGGAUCUAUAUCCACUGCCCAGAAUCGACCAGCUGGUCGACUCAACGGCAGGGUGCGAGUUGCUGAGUCUGAUGGAUGCAUCCCAGGGGUAUCAUCAAAUCCCCUUGGCUAGAGAGGAUAGGAAGCGGGUGAGUUUCGUGACGAGUCGAGGGACCUAUUGUUACGUGGUCAUGCCGUUCGGUUUAAAGAAUGCGGGUGCCACGUAUCAAAGGUUGGUCGAUAAAAUUUUUAAGGAGCAACUGGGAAGGAAUAUGGAGGUAUACGUGGAUGAUAUGUUGGUGAAGAGUAAGGAGGAAUUGGAUCAUGUGCGAGAUUUGAAAGAAACAUUCUUAACGUUGCGGAGAUACGAUAUGAAGCUGAAUCUGGCUAAGUGCUCUUUCGGGGUGAGGUCGGGAAAAUUUUUGGGCUAUCUGGUGACCAAGAGGGGUAUUGAAGUCAAUCCGGAGAAGGUUCGAGCUGUGAUGGAGAUGAAGUCACCAACAAACGUAAAAGAGGUACAGAGUUUAGCUGGUCGAAUUGCGGGGCUGAGUCGUUUCAUAUCGAAGGUGGCGGAGAAGAGUGGCCCAUUAUUCAAAACCCUGAAGAAGAGCGCGAAAUUCCAAUGGACGGAGGAAGCGCAAAAAGCAUUUGAGGAGCUACGAGGGGUGUUGGCCAACCUCCCUUUAUUGGCCAAACCCGUGCAAGGAGAGGAGCUGGUGCUAUACAUUUCUAUCGGGGAGAGAGCUGUAAGUUCGGUAAUGUUGCGGGAGGAAGGAACAGCGCAACUCCCUAUCUACUAUUUGAGUAGGGUAAUGCAAGGAGCAGAGACGAGGUAUUCUGAGAUUGAGAAGUGUGCCCUGGCUGUGGUCGUGACUGCUCGAAAGUUAAUACCUUAUUUCUUAAACCAUAAGGUGAAAAUACGAACGAAUAUGCCAUUGGGAGAAACUCUAGGACGACCAUCAGUUUCGGGCAGGCUGGUAAAAUGGGCGAUCGAGCUGAGUGAAUAUUCCUUGUUGUACGAACCAAGGAGGGCCAUAAAGGCGCAAGUGUUAGCUGACUUUAUUCAAGAGGGCACGAAAGUCGAAGAAGAGGUCGAGGGGCUAAUGCA